AUGAUUAUCCUGCUCGUACUCGUCCUCCUCCUCCUCGUCGUCGUCAUCAUUAGCACGGGGGUCGGGCGGCUCGACGAGAUCGAGGGCUGCGAGCGCUCCAAGUGGCAGAUCCUGCUGGUGUUCCUCGGCAGGGCGGUGCUGCUGGCGCCGAUGUGGGCCUGCCCCUGCCGCCUCGCCCUCGGCGGCCUGCUCGAGCGCCUCGGCGGCGGGCCGCUGCACCUGAGGAGGCCGGCCGUCAGGCGCGUCGUGAGCUUCAUGAGCCCGCUGAGGGCCGCGCGGGAGUGCAAGUCCUUCUGGGCCGAGGAGCUCUUCCCGCCCGGGCGCCUGGCCUACUUCCGGCCGCUCGCGCAGGAGCCGCUGCUCUGCGGCUACUGCCUGCGCGACUGCCGCACCGCGGCCCACUGGGCCGAGCCCGAGGGCCUGAGCACAGAGCUGGUGCUUUCCACCCGCACCCUGGAGCUCCACUUCCCGUGGGUGAUCCGGGACAUCUCGGCUCGCGCUGCGCGAGGUCGAGGACGACACGGAAUCGGAUGGUUACCCGAUGUCGGGGCAUUCCUCCUCGUCGUGGGGAUCGUCAUCGGAGUCAGGGGGGAUCUGCUGAGUGUGACGUGA